AUGGAAUCUUUAAAGGCAGUCUUCUUUGGGCCUGACCCCCAAGUUCAGGCAGAUUAUCAGAUGAGAAAAUGCAAUUCCCUUAUUCGCGCAAAUACCCGGCAACUCGAUCGAGACCUUGCUCAGCUCAAAGCCCUUGAUAAUAAGACCCGACAGUUCAUCAUUAAUUCCUCCAAGCGAGCCCAGCGAAACCCAUCGCAAGCCAAACAGGCAAAUAGUGAAACCAAGACCUUUGCCCGAGAACUGGUGCGGAUUCGGAAACAAACCUCGCGGUUAAACACGAGCCGGGCCCAACUACAGAGUGUUGGGAUGCAGGUCAACGAGGCCUUCUCCGUUCGCAAGAUCCAAGGCAGCCUGAAGAAGUCGACGGCCAUCAUGAAGGAUGUGAAUAUGCUGGUGCGAAUGCCGGAGCUGCAAAACACGAUGCAUCAGCUCUCUGCAGAGCUGGUGAAGGCCGGGAUCAUUGAAGAAAUGGUGGAGGACGCCAUGCCUAUUGAUGAUAUGCUCGAAUCGGAGGACCUCGAGGCCGAAGAACAGGUAGACAAGAUUUUACAGGAGAUUUUGCAGAGCAAACUUUCCCAGGCACCGGCCAAGCCCGAGUCGCCUGUCGAAGAGGCCCCUGUUGCUGAGCCUGAAUUCGAGGACCAGGAGGCCACCCUAGAAUCAAUGCGGGAUCGCUUGGAAGCUCUGAAGAGUUAA